AUGGACUCCAAAGACCUAAACACCGUCGAGCACAUUGAGCGGAAGACAACACCGAUGAGCGAGGAUUCGAGCCGUGAUGCCGCGAUUGCGCUUCCAAAGCCUUCCUUAUGGAGCAAGAACUCGUUGAAGCUGUAUAUCUGCUUGGCGGUUGGAUACUUGGUAUCAACUAUGAACGGUUACGAUGGUUCUCUCAUGGGCGCUAUCAAUGAUAUGGAGCAAUAUCAGAAAUCCUUUGGUAUGAACGGGAAGGGAUCCAGCACUGGUAUUGUCUUUAUCAUCUACAACUUGGGUCAAAUCGCUGCGUUUCCUUUCUGUGGUUGGCUUGCAGACGGAUAUGGAAGACGCUGGGCAAUGUUCAUUGGUUGUUUUAUUGUUGUUAUUGGGACCGCCGUUCAGACACCUGCCAACUCAAUGGGCCAAUUCCAAGCUGGACGUUUUAUCCUUGGAUUCGGAGCCGCGAUUGCUGGCGCUGCCGCACCAACCUACACAGUCGAGAUUUCGCACCCAGCAUACCGUGGCACCCAAGCCGGUCUUUACAACGUUUGCUGGUAUCUAGGAUCUAUCAUUGCAAGUUGGUGCUGCGUCGGUAGUAACCGCCACAUGCACAACUCAUGGGCCUGGAGAACACCCACUGUCGUUCAGGCCGCCGUUCCCGGAAUUGUCGCUAUCCUCGUCCUCUUCCUCCCCGAGUCACCGCGUUGGCUCAUUUCCCAGGACCGUAACGAGGAGGCAAUUGCUAUUUUGGCCAAGUACCACGGUGACGGUGACAGGAACUCUUCAAUCGUCCAGGUUGAAUAUCAGGAGAUGAGGGGGCAAAUCAGUUCUUCGAGCUCCAGUUCCGACAAAGUUUGGUGGAAUUACAAGGAUUUAUUCAACACCCGUGCAGCCCGCUACAGAAUCGGACUAGUUAUCGCGAUGGCAUUCUUUGGUCAAUGGUCUGGAAACAACGUAGUCUCAUACUACAUGCCCACCAUGUUCGCCCAGACCGGUAUCGAGUCCUCCGACACCCGUCUCAUCCUCAACGGAAUCUACCCCAUCUUCUGCAUGUUCGCCGCCAUCUGGGGUGCCACCCUCCUCGAUCGCCUUGGUCGCCGUAACAUGCUUAUAGGCGCCACCUCGUUCACAGUCAUCUGUUUCGCUAUUAUCACCGCUGGAACCGCCGUCUCAAGCUCUAACAAGGGCGCAUCCUACGCAGUCAUCGUGUUCAUCUAUCUCUUCGGCAUGGCCUUCUCAUGGGCCUACACCCCGCUACAGGCCCUCUACAGCGCCGAAGUCCUCGAGACUAAGACACGUGCCAAGGGUUCCGGUCUCAACUUCUUGUUCCUCAACAUCGCCAUGUGUGUCAACACCUUUGCCGCGCCCGUCGCCAUGGAGAAGAUUGGAUGGAGAUACUACCUGGUGUUUGUGGGCUGGAACUGCUUUGAGGUUUUCGUGAUCUGGAAGUGGUUCAUUGAGACCUCGGGCCACACUUUGGAACAGCUCACCGAGAUCUUCGAGUCGCCCAACCCUGUCAAGAAGAGUUUGGAAAAGAGGGUGGUGCUUGUCAACGAGAAGGGUGGAAACGAGGUGUAG